CAGCAAACCGCUCGCAAGUCCACUGGAGGCAAGGCCCCUCGUAAACAACUCGCAACCAAGGCUGCUAGGAAGACUGCUGCUGCCGCCGCCACUGGUGGUGUAAAGAAGCCCCAUCGUUUCCGCCCUGGUACUGUUGCCCUUCGUGAAAUCAGAAGGUACCAGAAGUCUACCGAGCUUCUGAUCAGGAAGCUCCCAUUCCAGAGGCUCGUUCGUGAAAUCGCGCAGGACUUCAAGACUGACUUGCGCUUCCAAUCCUCUGCUGUUAUGGCUCUUCAGGAAGCCGCUGAGGCCUACCUCGUGUCACUCUUUGAAGACACCAACUUGGCUGCCAUCCACGCCAAGCGUGUGACUAUCCAACCCAAAGAUCUUGCUCUUGCUCGCCGUCUGAGAGGCGAGAGGUCCUAA